AGAAAGAAAGAAAAAUCUCAUCAGAGCGCUUUCCUUUAAUUCAGUAAAACUGUGACGUUGGUGGGUGGGGAAGCGUUGGGACUCACCGCAAAUGGACUCAGUCGGAGACACUUGGUUCCCUUGACUACUUCAUUCAAAACAUGUCCCAUUAUCUUAUAGCAGUUUGGGACUAUGUUGCCGAAGGGGAAUUUGAGCUCUCGUUCAAACAGGGUGAUAAAAUAAAACUGCUCGAGCGACACAAUGAUGAUUGGUGGGAAGGUGAGCUCAACGACCAAAUUGGGUUUUUCCCGGCGAAUAGAACUCGGUUGGAAGGCGAGGACGAACAUGUCCAACAUCAAGACGUCGAUGAUGCUGACAGUUUCCUGGAGGCUCCACAUAUACCAGAAAAGCCAGAAAAAGCUCCCUUGGAUAUAGUUAAUGAACCAGAACAGCAGUCUUCGAGAUCAUAUUCCAUAUCUACCUCACAUGAUUCCCAGUCCGAGGAAGAGAACACGUCUGACGCUGCCGUUCCUCGUAGCCACUCUCCUCACUCUGCAGCUUCGGAGAAUCGCCUUCGCACAAACCGGCAAGCAGUAUAUUACGAGGAGGGACCAUUUAUAGAAGAUGACAAUGAUGAUAACGACCUCAUACCGAGUUUAGGGAUGGGCCAGAAGGACACUUCUGGUGGACUCAACGUCAGUACCGAGCCGUCUUCGCCUCACUCUCAGGCAUCUUCUAUCGCUCCACCAGAGGCCUAUGGCUUGCCUCCCGGCUGGCAGGCAGCUUACGAUGAGAGUGGCAUGAUAUACUACUUUAAUGAAAUCACCAACGAAUCCUGUUGGGAGCGACCAAGCUUCGAUGAAGCUUCAGAAGAGCAAGUGGAUGGGGAAGCUGUUGAGGAACUGGCAAAGUUGAGGAUUGCUCAUGUCCAAAGUCCGCAAGAGUUGGAUAACCAAGAAGUGCUGGACCAGACGUUGGGUAGUCUGGAUGAAAGCGAGCUUAAGAAACUGGAACUGGAAAAUAUACCAGAAGAUCGUCUUAAGCGCAAGAGUAUGGUUCAGAUGAAAAUGAUUGCUCAGAAGGAAGACGGAGGGAAGCUUAGUUCAUGGAAAUCGUAUAUGUGUGUCCUGAGCUGUGGCUACCUUCUGUUUUACAAGGAUAACCAUGGAAAGGCCAAGAAAUCAUCCAAGCCUAAUACGCCUGUUGGCUCUUUCGACCUCGAAACCUGUCAAAUUGAGCCAGCGGGAAAAAAUGAUACCAAGCGAAAGCACACUAUUCUCAUCACCACGCCCAACACUAUCAAGCUGUUCAUCCAGCUACCAAGUGAAAAGGAGUUAUCUUCUUGGCUUGACGGUGUUAUGCGAGAUUUAAUUUCAAGAAAAGAAGGUGCCUACGAGGAUACAGAACUACUCUCUUUACUUCGAAAAUUGACGUCCAAUUCCAAGAAUAUGAAGGUCAAUCAGAAAUUGGAGCGGCCGCGUAGUAGCAGCAAAGACUUUGAAAGUCCCGACGAGCGUCACGGAAAGGCGGCCAUGUCGCGAUCCGUCAAUUCGGGAAGCAAAGGAGAGGAUAAAGCCAAGACGAGAGGCGGCUGGUUCACCAAGUCUGGCAAAGCCGAAAAGCCUGGUGACAUGGUAAUGUCCACACCGGAGCCAGGCGAUGUUUUUGGAGGAUACCUGGUUAAGCAAAUAUCUAAUCCAGAGCGAGAUAUACCCAAAAUUGUUCGAUUGUGCAUUGAACAAGUUGAUGCCCGAGGCUUGGAUAGUGUUGGCAUAUAUAGAUUAUCUGGUCCCGCUGCUGCUAUACAAAAGUACCGUACACAAUUCAAUAAUCACGAGCAUGUUGAUUUGUCGCAAGAGCAGGAUAUCAAUGUAGCAACGGGUCUUUUAAAACUGUACUUUCGCGAACUUCAAGACCCUCUUCUCACUUACGAAUAUUAUGAGUCGUAUCUAGACGCCGCACGCAUUUCAGACUACGACGAACGAAUGUAUGCUAUUAAAUCACUGCUGCACGUCCUUCCACCUGUGAACUUCAACACCUUAGAGUACCUUAUGCGCCAUCUGAACCGUGUUGCGGCUCACAGCGAAGAAAACAAAAUGGAGGCCUCCAACCUUUCUCUUAUAUUCUCAGUCGGCCUGUUGCGAUCAUACCAAGAAGACUUGAGCAGUAUCAUCCAUGGCGAUCUAGUCAACACUGUGGUGGAGUCCAUCAUUAUUCAAGUUGAUUGGUUUUUCGAGCGAGAUGAAGAAGUUGAACGUGUCGAACCACCGGAUUUGUUGACUGGCGAGAAUGACCCUGUACUUUCUUAAAUACUACCUUUCCUUUUUUUUUUUUGUUCAAAAGUUCUUUCAUCAUAAGUGAAAAGAAGUCGAAAUAGAGCUUGUUUUUGAUGAUUUACUGUGAGUGGAAAAUAUAGACUAGCCGUAGCAGAUGUAUGAACUGCGCAUUACGAACUUUAAAAAAAGCAGCCGUACAGCUCUUAACCGAACGUUGUACAGAAUAGCCUUGGGUAAACACUAAAAGUUAAAAAGCCAGGCCAGUAAACAGUUCUCUCCA